CCAAUCUUGUUCAAUCUUGCUACCAAGAUCUUCUCCUUAUGUACGGUAAUUUUGUUCAACUGAAUGCAUCUCCCCUGAAAUCUGUCAUCGACGAAAAAAAAAGUUUCCGCCUUGCGUCUCCCAAUGUACUACCACGUUUCACGACCCAAAACAAAUCCAAAUCGAGCCCUUUAUAAUCGUUCGUUUCUACCAGCUCAGCCAAUACCUCCACCAUCGUCAUCAACGCUACUACUCAUACGGUAGUGGCUGGGAGAAGAGGGUGUAUGAGGAAAUUAAGCCUGCAAUACGGCCACCAGUACCCAGUUGGACCAAUUCUGGAAGAGUGUGUCACGGGUCUCAUGUCGGCCGGCUUUUUGCACUUGAUGGAUGCUUGAAAUUUUUAUUAUCUUGGCCUUUUGUACUCUGUAUCGUCUUUUCAUUUUUUUAUUCCCACCCUUAUGCAAGACCCGAUUUGCUUUUUCUCUAGGCCGGAAGGCCGGUGAAGAACGGCAGAUAUUAGCUAUGUCACCAUCACCUGGAGAUGAUGCCUCGUCGCCUCACGAUUCUAAGAAUACUAGUGGGCUUGCUAGUGUCUUCAAAGGCCUCGCCGGUGCUGCUAAGUUAACUAAAUCUCCUCCGGCUCCCGUACAAUCCUCUGGUCCCUCCAUCAAUGCCCAGAUCGCCGAACGCCUUAAUACCACGCCGGGUAUCCUCCGCGGCCUACCAUCGCAACAUAGUGAAGCCUUUGAGUUAUUGAAGAAUGGGUCGAUGAACGAGAGAGUUAAUGCCGCCAAUGCGUUGCGACAUACCGUGUCAGAUUACCCCCUUAAUCCCGUCUUAGAUAUUUGGUAUGCAGCCAAAGACUUAGUCGAUCCGACCAAUCCCAGGGCAACCCGAUCAUCAGGCUGGGAACUCCUGAAGGAAUGUGUAAAGCAUGCGUCUUCGACCGAUCUUGAGCGCAACGAAUAUUUCCAGACGAUAUCUGCCGAGGCCAACCCGGAAGACUUCUAUUUACAACUUGCCACCUUGGUUGAUUUGACGAAUCACGGCCGAAACUUAUCCGGCUUCGAUUACGAUGUCUUUCCACUCCUAUCGAAGUGGCUUGAAGAAUCAUUUGAUGCGGUACGCGCCGCGCGAGGCGCCGCGAAAAAGCAAGGGUCACGGAUGAAAGGGAAGGGCUUAGUUACUGGGGAAGAUAGGAAUUUUGCGGAUCUCUUCAGCUUUAUUAACGACGUAAUCAAGUUCAAUUCUAACGUCGCCGAUGAUGACGCCGCCGAAGUCCUGAUCGACAAAUUGCUGGAUAUCUGCAUGAACACUAGUGUUGAAGAGGACCUACAAGCAUGUAUAAGCGUUAUGGAUGCCAUAGUAACAUUUGGGGCGAUUCCUGGGGAUAAGUUGAAGAGCUGCGUUCAUGUUCUUUGCUCCAUCCACUGUCUCGUCCCCAAUCUUCAGAAGGAUGCGUGGCAUACCAUUAGCAUCCUGUGUCGGUCACACAACGGACAUACAACCGUAAGGCUACUUCUGGACGUUUUAGCAAGCCUUCCAGAAAAUGCGGAUAAGAAGAAGGAAGUUGUCAGAGAAGUCAGGGGUGCUUUGUCGGUCCUCACGAAGCUUGUGUCGAAGAGUUCCGAGAAGGGAUAUCCCGCUGUUCCCUUUGCCCUUUUGGUCGAUGGCCUAUCCACAGUGGUCAAGGCCACCUCUGCUUGGAAAAUACACCUCGACAUAUUACGGUUAACAAACGCAUUAUUCUAUGACAGCCAGCGCAAUGUGAAUAACAUGUUGGCUGAUGAAGACUGGACGCCUGUCUUUGAUGUUGCAGUCACAUGUGCCGGAGCUGUUAUCACAUCACUAACUAAAACCGAGAAUUCUAUCAAGUCCCUCUUAGGUCCAGAAGAGGCUGACUCUGCCGAGAGUAUGCUAGCUCGGGAAUUAUUUAAACUCAUACGUCGAAUCGAGACCAUACUAUCUGAUGAACCUGGUGUUGCCACGCAGAAACAGGAGGUUUCAUCUCUGGACCAAGCGGACAGCAGCAGUCAAAAACCAGAGGGCGCGCAGACGGAGCAACCUAAUCCCCUCGUCCAAAAACAGGAUUGUAUCGUAUUCUUUACCAAGAUACAUCCUGCUCUUCCCGACUCCGCAGCGAUACUGAUUCUCGAAUAUUUCAAGAAGUUUCGAUGUUGCUCCCCAUCAGAUCCUUUCUGGGAGACUAACUUGAGCCUCGUGUUGGAUGCAUUUUUAGCAGAUAGGAAACGAUCAACUAAUGUCCGCCUGCGGGCAUUACAAGCCUUUACGGAGGUCUAUGAUAUGAUCGAACUACUCAAUGAUCAGUUUGAGCCUGAUUUCAUACCGGAGUUAAUUGAGCGCUUAUUGGCGGACGUCGCGGGCGAGACAGAUAUUGUGUUAUUACAGGAGGUGGUGUCUUUUGCUGCUUCCGUUGCCAGUAUCUCGAAUCACACACUCUUCUGUUACGUCGUCGAUACGCUUCGAGGUAUAAUAUGGAAUAACCGGUCGCGUUCACCUAUGUCUUCUUCACUUUCUCUUACCCCAGACCCGCCGUCUACGCCUCACCAAGCAAAGCCGGUUACCACUCAAACACCAUCCAACGUAGUUACGCGGGGAUAUGUGCAGAUGUUUCUACGUGUACUAAACUACGAUGCUACCAAGUCGACACGUCUAUUUAGCGUCUUAGUAUCCAUAGCCGAGUCAAAUCUUAGCGAGACAGACGCUCGUAUCACUGCGAUGCAGCUGUUGAUUCGAUUAAGAGCUGACUGGGCCAACCGUAUUUUCGUUACUCCACAUACCGAAUCGAUCAGUCUUGCUACCUCUCUAUGUCGUACUGAGGAAUCAAUGGCGCGCAAAUUUGCUGAAGAAACGUCAUACGCUGCUCGAAUGUCAAGGAGCGAGGCUGCUGGAUCUGCGCGAUCGUCUCGUGGGCAGGGUCAGAUGCAAGAUAGGAGUUAUCCGUUCAGAUCAGCUAGUGGUAGCAAGUCGGGAGCAGGUACAUAUCAGCAGUUGUGGGUCGCUUCUGAUGCAGAUGCCUUACCGGAGGCUCCAUCUCAAGCGGCAAGCACAGUGCUUUAUUGUGGUGAUUGUAACGACACUACCGGAGUCGAUGACUCGGCACAAACCCCAAUCCUUCGGACUGGGUUAUGGCUUGAGACCAUACUAACGUUGCUAAGACAAGGUUGUGACUGGGAGGUUUAUAGCUUUAUCCUAGUUCACCUACCAUCUCAAUUGAGCAAUCAUGCUAUCUUCCGGGAUGCCGUUCCGCAACUACGGGAAUUGAGACGAACCGUAUGCGAACAGAUCAAAAUGAACAGCUUCCAAGAGCCACCAAAUGUUUACGGGUUACGCAAAGCGGAUGUUGCCAUAUGUUUAUUCAACACGUUGACCAUGAUUCUCAGCUAUCACCAACACUUUCAGAAGGCAGAGGAAGACGAAAUCGUUCGGACCUUUGUACAUGGCAUAGCAACGUGGGAACGAAGUGCAAAGUGUUGUAUACAUGCACUUACGAUAUGCUGCCAUGAGCUCCCAUCGUCAACCGGCAAGGCUUUGGUCACAAUUCUGCAGAAGAUGGCGCAGAUUAUCACCCAACCCUACGUCGCUAUGCAUAUUCUGGAGUUCUUGGCUUGCCUUAGUAGAUUGCCUUCCCUAUAUGCUAAUUUCCGGGAGGACGAGUAUCGAAUUGUCUUUGGAAUUUGUUUUCGAUACUUACAAUACGUACGCGGUAGGAAGCAAGCGCACCGAAUGAGUUCGAUUAGCGAUUCAUCAGUUCCUGCGAUAAGCGAAUAUUUACCCAACUCAAAUGCGUCGGAUGAUCUGCCUCAAUAUGUAUACACGUUGGCAUAUCACGUCAUCGCGUUCUGGUUCCUAGCCCUAAAGCUUCCGGAUCGCGCAAACCAUGUUGGCUGGAUUGCGAAGAACCUGUUUACAGAUGUUGACGGACCUCAGGUCUCGGACGAGCAAGCCCAACUCACAAUGGAUUUCAUGCAGAAGGUUACGUACGCCGAUGUCGAUGAGUCUGCAGCGGACCCUUCUUUUACCGCGGACAGAUUUGGGGAAAUACUUAAGAAGAGGUGGUUGAUUGGAAAUAGCAUCGUUACAAUCGAGCAAGCUACCGCAACUGGUUGGGCUCAGAUUACGAAACGGCAGCCGUCUGGAACAUCCUCCUACACUAUCCGCGAGCUAUUCAGACCGCCUCCAGCACAUCAGCGUCCCAUGAACGAAAGCGCGAGAGAGGGCUAUGUAGCGCCUUCGAACAGCGUCUUGCCGAACCAUUUACUAGUGCAGUUAUUAUCCUCCAUGCCCCAAGGAAGCGAAGUUUCACGUCCCAUACCGCUGCCUGACGACGAGGUAGUGAACAGGGCUAUCAGGAUGUUCGACCAUAAUUCGACAGUCGAUGGCCAUAAAGUUGGCGUGAUAUAUAUCGGGGAAAAUCAAACGAACGAAUCCGAGAUUCUAGCCAACAUAACAGGGAGUGGGGACUAUCUCGAAUUUCUAAAUGGUCUCGGAACACUGACGAAACUAAAUGGCGCAACGUUCAACACGCAAGGCUUAGAUCGACAGUACGAUACUGAUGGGAAAUACACGUUUUGUUGGAGGGAUAGGGUGACGGAAAUUGUUUUCCAUGUCACGACGCAGAUGCCAACCAAUCUAGAACAUGAUCCUCGGUGCACCCUCAAGAAGCGCCAUAUCGGGAAUGAUUUUGUUAAUAUUAUUUUCAACGACUCCGGCUUCCCCUUCAAGUUUGACACCUUCCCAUCGGAAUUCAACUUUGUCAAUAUUGUGAUCACUCCGGAGUCGCGUGCUUCGUUCGUCGCUACCAGGCAGAGGACACCGAAAGAUGUUGAAGAGUCAUUCUACAAAGUCCGCCUGAUGAGCAAGCCUGGCUUUCCCGAAAUAUCGCCAGCUUCCGAAACUAAGAUCGUAAGCCUGAGGGCUUUACCCGACUUCAUCCGGCUUUUAGCACUGAACGCGUCGGUCUUCUCACUAGUCUGGGCCCAUCGGGAAGGCGGCGAGCACAUCUCACCAUGGCGUAACAGAUUGAGAGAAAUCAAGAGACUCCGAGAAAAAUACGGUCCGAAGGUGGCGCCUCAGGGGCCUACGCCCUCCCCACCGGGUACCGCUCUGGGCUACGGGCCUCCUCCCACCAUAAACGCCGCUGCACAAUUAGAGGCAGCUAGAUCAGGUAACACCGUUCGAGAUAGCUUUAGUAGCCUUCGACGGUCAUCAGUUGCCACAUUUUUCUCUGCUUCUAGCGAGCAGAAUUCUCACCGGUCAUCUAUGCUUUCUACCGCAACGACAGAUAAUACGGAGGUCAUGACAGUUAAUGGGCUAGACGCACUGGUCGAUAGCGUUGACUUCUCCAAAUGGUCGGCGUAAUAACACGCGUCGUUACAUCUUUCAAUACGAACCUUCGGGCAUUUUCCCCGGGGGUCACGCAUAUAUGAUUAUUAUCCACGAGAGGUUACGGUUUUGGGGGGUUCCGCGAAAACAAAAAAGCAUGGCGUCUGGAUUGGGAGGAUACCACUGAAGUUACUUGUCUAUUUUCCUGUUUCACUUUUAUACUUCUGCCUGAACAUAUUGCCGGAAAUGUCCAUUCUGUACAUGGUUGUUAAGGGAACUCUUCGUCAUAUGCCCCGCAGAGGUCGCCGGCCGAGAGCCAGCGGUGACGUUGGCGGUGACUCAGCCCCCGACGACGAAAAGGAAAUAAAAAAACAAUAAGGGAUGGCGGAAAGGGGGGGAAGGAAGGUUGGGAGGCUGAUUUGGGUUUUCGGGUGGAAAUUAAAAAGAAAAGUUGAUCCCGUUUUUACACUGCUCACUUCUCAUCUUACUAUAAAGAGAACUUAAGGCACGCCGCCACACGUAUUAUAUUGUUUUUGAAACU